UUCUAAAAUAGAAUCCUUGGUUCGGCUGAGUUUCAUUACGCUUUAGGAAAACGUUUUGACCUGUAAACAUAUUCUUCAGCAAGCCAUUAAUGCGCCACAUUAAACUUAUUCAACAAGUUGGUCACACGUGCAAAUGUGUUAACGCUAUUAACGGGUGUUUUGCGAAGGGUCUGUGUUAAUGUUCCUCCACGAAAAGUCGAGUUUGGAUGGAUGUACUGGAUGAACAAUAGAGUUUUAAUAAUGUAUCCAUAUUGAUGCCCUACAGUUUCAUAGAGCGGGUGGCAUCCUGUUUUGACCAUUCAGUUUAUUAUCAUCUGAGAUAAUUAAAAAAGGUUGCGUACCCUUUGAACUAUGCCACAGAAUGAAUAAAAAAGUCUGUCAGAUACUGUGCACAUGAAUUUCACCACUGUGUCCUUAUACCAGCACACUGAACUAACUUCUGGUGUUUGUGUUGUCACCUAGUGUGUGGCGGAGAAAAAAAAAGCACAACUAAAGAGACCAGUGGUUUGAUGUGUCCUGUGCUCCAUCUAAGUCAAUCAUUACACACAGGGUACACAGCUCCAGUCAGUGCCUGACUGCUGAGCUGGUGCACACAUAACAGGCUUUCACUGGACUCCACAGGCUUUAAAUCUCAUUCACAACCUUCUCAGGCAAUUUCUGCUCAGACCCAGUGAUCUGUCCAUGGCACGUGUUCUUUCCCUGUUCCGGCCUCAGCCUUUUCUGGCCCUCGUGGGCAGGAGGAAACCUACGUUGUGCAAAAUGUCAAUGGACUCACGGGCACGCAAGGUGUUUGCAGCUGCAGUGGAGGCUGUGCAGCCAGACACUGUAGUCCGGCAGAGUAUAGAGCGCAAGGGGGACACAGUAAUCAUCAAUGGCCAAAAAUUCACACUCAAACAAAACCUGCACUUGGUGGGGUUUGGAAAAGCUGUACUCGGUAUGGCUGUGGAGGCAGAGAGGAUUAUGGGGGAUCACUUAGUGAGAGGAGUCAUAAGUGUGCCACAUGGGAUUCAGCAGACAUUAAAGCAGCACGGGAAAGACCAUCUGUUGUUAAAAGAAAACAGUCGCAUCAAAGUAAUGGAGGGAGCCAAACACAACUUGCCUGACACUGAUGCCCUAAGGGCAGCUGAAGGGAUCAGGCAGUUAGCCAGCGAACUGACAGAGAAGGACUUGCUACUUGUACUGAUUUCAGGCGGAGGCUCUGCACUGUUACCUGCACCCAUCCCACCAAUCUCGUUGCAGGAGAAACUGGAUGUUACCCGCAAACUUGCAGCUGCUGGUGCCACUAUUCAAGAGCUGAACACUGUACGUCGCGCCCUUUCUUUCUUAAAGGGUGGAGGGCUUGCACAUUGUGCUCAUCCUGCACAGGUGGUUUCACUGAUACUAUCCGAUGUGAUUGGAGAUCCUCUGGACUUGAUAGCCAGUGGCCCCACAGUUCACACAGAGUUGUGGCCAGAGGAAGUUUUGUCAGUUCUUGAACGAUACAAGCUGUUGAACUCUCUACCAGAGUCAGUAAAGGAUGUCCUUGGGAGACCAAGUCCCCGAUGGAAGGAGAAUAAGGAUCAAUCAGUUAAGGCAGAAAAUGUUCAGAACGCUGUGAUUGGCUCCAACAGCAUUGCCCUGAAGUGUGCAGGUCGCCGUGCCCGAGAGCUAGGUUUCCGCCCUGUUGUUCUGUCACCAGGAGUGUGUGGCGAUGUAAGGUCAGUAUCCAGACUUUAUGGCCUCCUGGCUCGCUUUGCGUGUUCCCGAGAGGAACCUCCUCCUGAGAUUGCCACUGAGGUGCUGAAGCUUGGGCCUGAAGUAGGUGUGCAGAGCUGGGACCUGUGCCGUACCAUGCAAGUCUUGGAUGAAGGGCGUACAGAAGGAUGGGGUGCCACGUGUCUGAUGGCUGGAGGUGAGCCCACUGUGGAGUUGACAGGAAAGGGUCGAGGUGGUCGAAACCAGGAGCUGGCUUUGCGAGUUGGACUGGAGCUGAGGGGCCUGCAGCUCCCGCCCAAUGGUCCUGUCUUCCUGAGUGGUGGAACUGAUGGUCAAGAUGGACCCACUGAGGCAGCAGGGGCCAUUACUGAUGGGGGAUUGUAUGAAGAAGCACAAGCACAGGGGCUGGACAUCAAUAACUUCCUUACCAACAAUGAUUCUUACACGUUUUUUUCACGUCUUUCUGCUGGGCAGCGUUUACUUGUACCUGGCUUAACCUGCACUAAUGUGAUGGAUGUGCACAUGCUACUUAUACCAUCGAUUCCCAUUAACAUAAGAUAAUUCUGAAUCUGGAUUUAAAAAGUACUCCAUCCAUCUCUCUGACUCGGCACUGUACCACCACUGUUUUACUCUACUCAGACAUUUUUGGUCCAUGUCUGUAUAGCUCUAUGCAGACCUACAUGAAUGCAGGAUUGGUAUUGCAAUAUUAAACUGCAGCAGCCACCAGGAAUAAGAUAGGGGUAGAAUUUUUGAUGUCGCCAUUUUUGAUUGAAGCAUUAAUGUUUUUUAGCUAAAAAAAAAAAAAAAAAAAAAACUUUUUUUAAAUCACAGCAAAAUGCUUUA